CGAAACCCUAGAGUGGACUGAAACCCUAAAUUGGACUGCGGGGGUAUGAGUCUCUAGCCCAGCCAAUUCCUGUUUCUCUCCUUCACUUCUCCCUUUCGGGUUCGCUUGGGCGCUGCAUCCCUUCUCCUCCCUUUCGCAAUGGUGAAGUACGCGAGAGAUCCGGAUAAUGCGACGAAGGCCUGCAAGGCCAGAGGGUCGGAUUUGCGAGUGCAUUUCAAGAACACCAGGGAGGCAGCGCAAGCUAUUAAACAUAUGGAGUUGGCCAAGGCCAAAAGGUAUCUCGAGGAUGUGUGUGCUCACAAGCAAGCGAUCCCCUUCCGCAGGUUUUGUGGUGGUGUCGGGCGUACCGCCCAGGCAAAGGCACGCCACUCCAAUGGACAGGGACGUUGGCCCGUGAAGUCAGCUACCUUCUUGUUGGGUUUGUUGAAGAAUGCCGAGAGCAACGCAGAGGUGAAAGGUCUUGAUGUCGACACUCUUGUUGUAUCCCACAUCCAAGUAAACCAGGCCCAGAAACAGCGUAGACGUACUUACCGUGCUCACGGGCGUAUCAAUCCUUACAUGUCCUCACCUUGUCACAUUGAGCUCAUCCUCUCUGAGAAGGAGACUCCAGUCAAGAAAGAGGUUGAAGAAGUUGCUGCCCACAAGUCACAUAAAAAGAACCAAGCCCGCCUCCGUAGCGGUACUACUUCAGCCGCUAAUGUUGCUUAGAUCUACACUUUGGUUGGAAGGAGUCCUGCAUAUGCUAUGUUGGACGCUUCAGUUGUAAGAAACUCUUGGAAUAGAGAAGCAUUCUGUGGCCAAAAUCCUUAAAUUGACUUAACUGUGAUGACUUAAUGAAAUACUGCACUCCUUAGGUUCAUUCUUGAGGAUUUGCAAAAAUCCGCAAUUCAUCACAGAAAUUAUACAUGUAAAACCUAACUUGUAGAAUUUCGGAACAUUUCCAGUCAACCAAUACUCGUUCAAAUUAA